AUGCCAGUCUCUGAAGCGUUCACCAAGUUGUGUGUGAAUGAAAAGCCUGCUGCUGAAUCUGCCGUUGCAGUGAAAUCUUUGGUCUUCAAGCCAAAGACUCCGAAGUCAGUUGUCCCUGUUCCUAUCGUCGUGGUGGCUUUGCAAUCUACCACGACUCCUUCUGCAUUGAUUGCUAAUGCUACUUCUACCAAAGAUCCUAGAUUGGCUCGCGAUGAUUUAGUUAAGCAAGCUUUCCAAUCUGAAUCUGCCAGAGCUUUCAUCUUGGGGGACCUGGCUAACGCCACGUCCGAUUUUCACUUGCUAAUCGAUCAUGAGUUGGGUACUGUAGAUGGCGAUACUAUCUUGCAGUUGAACGACAGUACUUUCAUGAAGAAAUCAGAUAUGAUGAAGUUCCUAAGCGAUUUUCAGAAUUCCCAAAAAGUGGUUGAUUUCUCUCAAGAGGUUGCUAAGGAAACGCCCACAGAAGGCAAGAAACAACAAAAAAAGCAACAAGCUUCUAAGGCAACUACUGCAGCUGCAGCUGCUGGUUUGGAAGACGCCAAGCUUAUCGGUAUCACUGUGGACAAGGCCUUAGACUUCCCAGGCUGGUACCAACAAAUCUUGACCAAAGGUGAAAUGUUGGACUACUACGAUGUUUCUGGUUGUUACAUCUUGAGGCCUCCAUCUUAUGCUAUUUGGGAAAACAUCCAAAAAUGGUUCGACGAUAAAAUCAAGGCCAUUGGCGUACAGAACGCCUACUUUCCAAUGUUUGUCUCCUCGCGUGUGUUGGAAAAGGAAAAGGAUCAUGUUGAAGGUUUCGCUCCCGAGGUCGCUUGGGUCACCAGAGCUGGCUCUUCUGAAUUGGAAGAACCGAUUGCCAUCAGACCAACUUCUGAGACUGUUAUGUAUCCAUACUAUGCCAAAUGGGUUCAGUCUUAUAGAGAUUUACCUUUGAAAUUGAACCAGUGGAAUUCUGUGGUCAGAUGGGAAUUCAAGCAUCCUCAACCUUUCUUAAGAACCAGGGAAUUUUUGUGGCAAGAAGGUCACACUGCUCAUUUGAAUGCUAAGGAUGCCGAAGAGGAAGUUCUGCAAAUCUUGGAUUUCUACGCCGGGGUAUACGAAGAGUUGUUAGCUGUUCCUGUGGUUAAAGGUAGAAAGACUGAAAAGGAAAAGUUUGCUGGUGGUGACUUCACAACCACUUGUGAAGGUUACAUUCCACAAACUGGUCGUGGUAUUCAAGGUGCUACUUCUCACCAUUUGGGCCAAAACUUUUCUAAGAUGUUCAAUUUAUCGGUAGAAAACCCCCUAGGUUCCGACCAUCCCAAGAUCUUUGCUUACCAGAACUCAUGGGGGUUAUCCACCCGUGUCAUUGGUGUCAUGGUCAUGAUCCAUUCCGAUAAUAAGGGUUUAGUUAUCCCUCCAAGAGUGUCCCAAUUUCAAUCCGUUGUCAUUCCUGUGGGUAUCACAAAGAAGACUUCUGACGAACAACGUAAACACAUCCAUGAAACCGCUAGAAGCGUGGAAUCUCGUUUGAAGAAGGCUGGUAUUAGAUCCUUUGGUGACUACAACGAUAAUUACACCCCAGGCUGGAAAUUUUCACAAUACGAAUUAAAGGGUAUUCCAAUUCGUAUCGAAUUGGGUCCUAAGGAUAUUGAAAAAAACCAAGUCGUUGUCGUCCGUAGAAAUGACGCGAAGAAAUACGUUGUUUCCUUCGACGAAUUGGAAGUUCGUAUCCCAGAGAUCUUGGAAGAAAUGCAAGGAGAUUUAUUUAAGAAAGCUAAGGAACUAUUCGAUACACACAGAGUUAUUGUUGAAGAAUGGAAGGAUUUUGUCCCAGCAUUGAACAAGAAAAACGUUAUCUUAGCACCAUGGUGUGGCGUUAUGGAAUGUGAAGAAGAUAUAAAGGAGUCUUCUGCUAAGAAAGACGAUGGUGAAGAAUUUGAGGAAGAUGACAAAUCUCCAAGCAUGGGUGCCAAGUCCUUGUGUAUUCCAUUCAACCAACCUGUAUUGAAUGAAGGUCAAAAAUGUAUCAAGUGUGAACGUACUGCUGUCAACUACUGUAUGUUUGGUCGUUCUUAUUAG